AUGCCGUUCAGAGAAUGGGCCACGUCCCUCAAAUCCUCCCGCAGAUGCUCGCUCGACACUUCCACGCGCCGCAUCUCUGAAACCUCCCUUUCCAACAUGGACGUCAACGACAGCGAGCACACCCUCGUCGAUACCCUCGAGGUACAAGACCUGUAUCUUUAUGGCGAUGGCGACCACCACCAGGAGCGCCGCUCGCUCUCUGCCCACUCGUCCACCGCCUCACAUGGCCCACGGCCUCAGUCCAACAGCCAGACCAAGGAUACGGGCUGCAUCGAAAGGCGCGUAGAUUAUUUCGUCGUCGAAGAUGAUCGAUACGCCGUCCGUUUCGGCAACUACACGGGCAUAUGGGCCGGCAACGCUGGCGGUUCCGUGCCGCAGACGAGAAGUCGCUACUUUGGAGACCAUAUCCACCAGCACGCUUAUCAUACAAAUAAGGGCUGA